UUAUUUAUCUUAAAAGACGAAGACUGUUGACAUUUUUGUUAUUACAAUUAAUUCAUUUCACAAAGUUAAAUGAAUGUGUUUAUUUUUAUUUUUAUAAUAAGCGCACAUCGCAGCCUUGACGCCUUUAAAACAGCCAUUAUUCCAAAUGAGUUCAUUGUUCAUUUUUAUUCCAAAUACUUUGCUCCGGUUCGUGAAUCCUACAUCGCAGCCAAACUUCAUGGUUCAAAUGUAACGAACUGGGAAAUUAUUCCCCGUCUGAAUUUAGCUUGGCAAUUUCCAAGUGAUUUUGAUGUAUUACGAGUUUUAGGAGAUUAUGAAUCAUCUGCAGAGUUUAUUAUAGAAAGGAUUCAGUCUCACCCUUCAGUGAAGGCAGUAGUUCCUCAGCGAAGUGUACGACGGAUCCUGAACUAUGACCCCUAUAGCAACCUGACAUAUGGUCACCGCCAUCUCCAAGGAGUUUUAAGGAACAGAAACCCAAACAACGAUCGCCACCGACAAGUCUGCUCAGUACUCCACGCUAACGUCCUUUGGAAACUGGGAAUCACAGGCAAGGGAGUCAAAGUGGCAAUUUUCGACACUGGCCUAACCAAAAACCAUCCACACUUCCGAAAUGUGAAGGAACGAACCAACUGGACCAAUGAAAAGUCACUUGACGACCGAGUCAGUCAUGGCACCUUCGUCGCCGGGGUAAUCGCCUCCUCCAGGGAAUGCCUAGGCUUUGCUCCCGACGCCGAUCUCUACAUAUUUAAAGUUUUUACGAACUCCCAGGUUUCUUACACUUCCUGGUUCCUGGAUGCCUUCAAUUACGCGAUAUAUAGGAAGAUUAACAUCCUCAACCUUAGCAUUGGUGGUCCUGACUUUAUGGACUCGCCGUUCGUUGAAAAGGUGCUGGAACUGUCUGCUAAUAAUGUCAUAAUGAUAUCGGCGGCGGGAAAUGAUGGUCCCUUGUAUGGCACGCUGAACAAUCCCGGCGAUCAGAGUGAUGUAAUUGGCGUCGGAGGUAUUCAAUUUGAUGAUAAAAUCGCCAAGUUCAGUUCGAGAGGAAUGACCACGUGGGAACUUCCCCUGGGCUACGGACGCAUAGGACUCGAUAUUGUCACGUACGGAAGUCAAGUGGAAGGCAGUGAUGUGCGCAAGGGCUGCAGACGACUUUCUGGAACAUCCGUUUCCUCUCCAGUUGUUGCAGGAGUUGCUGCACUGCUUAUAAGCGGUGCAUUUCAGAAAAUGGACCUCAUUAACCCAGCAUCUCUUAAGCAGGUACUCAUUGAAGGUGCCGAGAAACUGCCACAUUAUAACAUGUUUGAGCAGGGAGCAGGAAAACUGAAUUUGCUGAAGAGUAUGCAGCUAUUGCUCUCUUACAAACCAAAGAUAACUCUUAUUCCGGCAUACCUUGAUUUCACUCAAAACUAUAUGUGGCCAUAUAGCUCCCAACCGCUGUACUAUGGAAGCUCCGUGGCUAUUGCCAACGUUACCAUACUCAAUGGCAUCUCAGUCACAAGUCAGAUAGUUGGCAUCCCUAAAUGGAUUCCCGAUCUUGAAAACCACGGUCAAUUUCUUAAAGUAUCUACACAAGUUUCGGCUAUUGUUUGGCCGUGGACCGGAUGGAUGGCAGUUUUUAUUACUGUAACAAAGGACGGAGAAAACUUUGAAGGUGUUUGUAAAGGAAGUAUCACCAUAGUUGUGGAAAGUUUUAAACAGUCUACCAACGAAACUCACGUUACAGAAGUCGACUUUCCUCUAACAAUAAAGGUAACUCCAAAACCACCCAGAAACAAAAGGAUAUUAUGGGACCAGUAUCACAGCUUAAGGUAUCCUCCGCGAUAUAUCCCACGAGAUGAUCUCAAAGUUAAAUUGGAUCCUCUGGACUGGAGGGCAGACCAUAUACACACAAACUUUAAGGACAUGUAUACACAUUUGCGAAAUGUUGGCUACUAUAUUGAUGUUUUGCGAGAACCGUUCACCUGUUUCAACGCCUCGGAUUACGGCGCCUUAUUGAUUGUUGACCCUGAGAGAGGGUUUGGCGACGAGGAAAUAAACGCCUUACAAGAAAACGUGUAUAAAAGAGGUUUGAACGUCGUCGUAUUCGGAGACUGGUAUAACACCACGGUGAUGAAAAAAAUUAAAUUCUUUGACGAGAACACCAGACAAUGGUGGACACCCGACACUGGUGGCGCCAAUGUUCCAGCACUGAACGAUUUGUUGAAGCCAUUUGGAAUUGCUUUUGGCGAUUUUGUCGGUGAGGGACAUUUUAAACUAGGCGACCAUUUAAUGUACUAUGCUAGUGGAGCCACAAUUAUUAAAUUUCCAAUGAAUCCAGGAGAUAUUUUAGUGGGAACAAAAUUGAAUGACCAAGGACUUUCGAUUAUAAACUCAAAAACACCUAACAAGGUGACCAAAGUAGAUGUACCCAUUUUUGGUAUGUUUCAAACCAAGGCUAAUACUAUUCAAAGCAGCGAGGAAAUCGUGAGCAAUGCGGAAAGCAAUUUGGCAGAGGCUAUACCCACAGACUACUCCACAUUUAAAAACCGGGUUUUGCUACUACGAAAGAAGGAACAAAGUAUCAGCUUAGCGAAAAGCAAUAAUCAUGAAACUAACAGUGAAGGACGUAUUGCCGUAUACGGGGACUCCAACUGCCUUGACUCCACGCAUCUGGAGAAGGCUUGCUACUGGCUGCUUAUAACAUUUUUAGAUUUUGCAAUAAACUCACACAAAUCGAGCUUAUUGCAGAAUUUAAACCGUAUAUCUGAAUUUCACAAAUUAGAAAGAGCACCUUUACCUCUUAAAAUAUCGCAAAGUGGUUUAAAAUCUGGUGCACAGAACAACAUUUGCGAACAAUUUGAUUGGCUUGCUUCAACAAAGCGAAAAAACGUUGAGCCAAGGAAAUCUUCUAUAUUAGACGUAGCUGUAAUGGAAAAUGAAGGAAACGAGAUCAAUUUAAUUAAAAAUUUGUUGGGUGAGGAGAUCGAAAAACUAUUGCAAAGCAAUGAUUAUUUAACGGGAAUGCAAUCCGCUGAUAGUUUAAUAACUCCAAUCAUAUUUUUGAUCAUAUUGAGCUUAAUUGUUAUUAUAUUAUUUGUUUUAUUUUUAAGGCGUCGAUUUGUUUUGUAAGUUAAUAUUCGGAUUAAAAAAAAUGUAAAAAGUCUA